AUCAAACCUCACGCCUUCGUCGUCUUCCCCUUUAUUCUUUUCUCCUCUCACAAACAAGACUUCACUCCGUCCUCCAACCCUAAUAAUCUCCUUGAUCUCGAAUCAAAGAGAUCCGAUAUCCGAAGAUCUGAAAUCGGCGAGCAUCUACAAAAGAGUCUUCCUCUUCGACCAAAAUCAGAAAAUGGCAGACAACAAUCCACCACCAGAAGAGAACCAAAUCGUCGAAUCCAAGGACGACACGUCACUCGAAACCAUAGUCCGACGCUUCCAAGAAUCAAUGUCAGACUCAAAAACCCACAAGUUCUGGGAGACACAGCCCGUGGGCCAGUUCAAAGACAUCGGCGACACUUCUUUACCCGAAGGCCCAAUCGAGCCCGCUACGCCCUUAUCCGAAGUCAAGCAGGAGCCCUACAACCUCCCUUCCGUCUACGAAUGGACCACCUGCGACAUGACCUCUGACGACAUCUGCUCCGAGGUGUACAACCUCCUCAAGAACAACUACGUCGAAGACGACGAGAACAUGUUCCGUUUCAACUACUCCAAGGAGUUUCUCAGCUGGGCGCUCCGUCCCCCUGGCUACUACCAGAGCUGGCACAUCGGAGUCCGCGCCAAGACAUCCAAGAAGCUGGUUGCUUUCAUCAGCGGUAUCCCCGCGAGGAUCAGGGUCGGUGAAGUGGUUGUCAAGAUGGCUGAGAUCAAUUUCUUGUGCGUUCACAAGAAGCUUAGGUCCAAGAGGCUCGCCCCCGUGAUGAUCAAGGAGGUGACUAGGAGGGUUCACUUGGAGAAUAUCUGGCAGGCGGCGUACACGGCGGGUGUCGUGCUUCCCACGCCGAUCACCACGUGUCAGUACUGGCACAGGUCGCUUAACCCGAAGAAGCUGAUCGAUGUCGGGUUUUCGAGGCUCGGUGCGAGGAUGACGAUGAGCAGGACCAUCAAGCUUUACAAGCUACCGGAAGCGCCGGUCACUCCGGGUUUCAGGAAAAUGGAACUGCUUGAUGUCCCCGCUGUUACGCGGUUGCUGAGGAACUACCUUGGGCAGUUUGGUGUGGCGACUGACUUUGAUGAGAACGAUGUUGAGCAUUGGCUUCUCCCGAGGGAAGAUGUUGUGGACAGUUACUUGGUUGAAAGCCCUGAGACUCACGAUGUCACCGACUUCUGCAGUUUCUACACCCUCCCGUCGACUAUUCUUGGUAACCCGAACUACACGACGCUGAAAGCUGCUUAUUCCUACUACAACGUCGCCACGCAGACCUCGUUUCUUCAGCUGAUGAAUGAUGCGCUGAUCGUCUCUAAGCAGAAGGGGUUUGACGUGUUCAACGCGCUGGAUGUGAUGCACAAUGAGAGCUUCUUGAAAGAGUUGAAGUUUGGUCCGGGAGAUGGUCAGCUUCACUACUAUCUCUAUAAUUACCGUUUGAGAAGUGCAUUGAAGCCAUCGGAACUUGGGCUUGUUCUCUUAUAAGCUCCUCUGAAAACUUGUUUUUGAUGUCAUUAGUUUGGUGUCGGUCAACAAACUUAAAUUUCGUGUUUCUCUUUUUUUUUCUCUGUGUCUGAACAAUUUAUCUCAUGGGGGUUACUGAACCUGCAGUUUAAUUAUUUUGGCAAUGCGAUUUUUGAGUUUUCUAUAAAGUCUGAUUACUGUUA